UGAUUGUGAGACAGGCCGCGGCGCAAGCAGCACUCAACGAGAGCAGCACUGUCUCACACGAGAUAACGGGUGGGCAAAGAAAAAGACAGAAACACAAAUCGUGACCCUCUUAACGUCCAAACAACGGUGGAGACCCCGGGAAAGAAGAAAGGGCACCGUGUUGGCCCAGAAUAGAUUUGAGGCCCGUGCAAGUCGAGAGGAAAUGGUUGGAUGCUAGCUACUGUACCACGCUAGUUACCUAACUAGCUAUCGUUAGCAAGCUAGACAGUUUUUGUAAUCCGCCGGCCACACACUCGGCUUGGAUACUAAAAAACAAGCCGAACCCAGACGACAUACUAGAAGAAGAGAGACCGACGGUGACAGGAGGCUGGUUCUGGGGGUGAGACCAGAGGACCAGACUCAAUGAGUUUCCAGCGAAAUGUCAGAGAAGUCAGGGCAGAGCACCAAGGCAAAGGAUGGCAAGACCAAGUAUGCAACCCUUAGCCUCUUCAACACGUACAAGGGCAAGUCUCUGGAGACCCAGAAAACUGCAGUGGCUGCCAGACAUGGGCUCCAGAGUUUGGGUAAGGUUGCUGUCAGUCGGCGCAUGCCCCCCCCUGCCAACCUGCCCAGCCUGAAGGCAGAGAACAAGGGCAACGACCCCAACGUUAACAUUGUCCCCAAGGACGGCAGCGGCUGGGCCUCCAGACCUGAGGGAGGAGACGAGAGGCAGUCCGAUACCCCCCCACCCCAGCCUAACCCAGGGCCCCCCCAACCCCCAGAGGUCUUGUCCUCUAUAGGGUGCAGCAGAUCCUGGGCCAACAGCAAGCCACCGCCACCACAGCUAGAUGGAGGAGCCCCUCGUGUGAGCAGCCAGUUCCACCAGGAGUUCCCCAGUUUGCAGGCGGCUGGAGAGUCGGAGAAAGGGGAGGGGCAGGAGGAAGAGCCUUAUGGACCUGGACCCAGCCUCCGACCUCAGAAUGUUGGUAGUUGGCGCGAGGGCGGGGGAAAGAAUCUGACCACCUCAGCUAGCCCUUCUGAGAUGGACAGCUGUGGGCCAGAGGAGGGAGGGGCAGCUCUCAGCACCCCCUCACCCCCUGGGGAGGUGGAGGAGAGAGGCAGGGUGCCCCCUAAUGAGAAGAAAGAGGUCAGGGAGAGGCUGCCCCUGUCUGCCAAGCCUGCACCCCUCUCCUCUCAGCCCAAGCUACAACCCCCCUCUGUUCCAGCCCAGCCUAAACUCAAUGGUGGCCAGCAGGCCCCUGCCGGUGUGCCUCCCCAGUUCCACCCCCAGUUCAGGGGCAUGAUGCCACCCUACAUGUUCAAUGCGUAUCCCAGGAUGCCCUUUACUCCAGUGCCAGGGAACAUCAGAUACCCUGUUCCACAGGAUGGAGCCAGGAGGGUCCGUCCCCAGCACGGGCCCCCCCAGGCCUGGAUCAAGGACCCAGAUAGACCCUCCAUCAUCAGCGCCACAGAGCUCAAAGAGCUUGACAACCUGGACACAGAGGCUGAUGAGGGCUGGGCUGGAGCUCAGAUGGAGGUCGACUACACAGAGAAACUCAACUUCAGUGACGACGAGGAGAACCAUGCCGCCAAAGAGAAAGGGGAAAACUGGGAGUGGAUGGGUAAAGUGGAGCGGAUGAGGGCACAGCGUCCGUCAGAUGGCCAGGAGGGCAGCAAAGGCUCAUGGGUAGAUGGAAGGGACCCCAGGGUGCUUUCCCUAGGCAGUAAGGGGGUGUACAAGACCGGCCCGCCACAGGACCACCAGGGUCAGCUAGGUGGGCGCUCGGUGGGCAGCGGAGCCCCUCGCGUAGCCAAAGCCCCCACCAUUGCUCCCCCUGCUGGUGAGGAGGAGUGCGAGGCCUGGCGCCAGAAACACAAGAAGCAGGACCUGUCGGAAGCGGUAGAAAGAGCCAGGCGGAGGAGAGAAGAGGAGGAGAGGAGGAUGGAAGAACAGAGACUCACCGCUUGCGCAGAGAAACUCAAACGCCUCAACGAGAAACUCCACCCGGCAACAGAUGCCAAGCACGGCCCUGACGCCGAGACGACCAAUGAAGAGACUGGAGCUGUGUGUGAAGACACACCUCCUUUGUCUGUUCUUCCCCCUGUCUCCAACCCUGCACCAUCGCAGCCUGCCCCUUCCUCUCAGCCCCUGAACAUAUCAGCCCCUCUCCAAGACCGAGAGAGUGUGGAGAGGGAAAGGAAUGAGAGAGAGAGUGUGGAGAGGGAAAGGAUUGAGAGAGAGAGUGUGGAGAGGGAAAGGAUUGAGAGAGAGAGUGUGGAGAAGGAAAGGAUUGAGAGAGAGAGUGUGGAGAGGGAAAGGAUUGAGAGAGAGCGUGUGGAGAGAGUAGAGCCUAGUGCGAAGGAAGAGAGUCAGUUUGUGCCUCGCCAGCCCAGCCCUCUGGUGGGGGACCCUCGGCUCGGAGAGGGUCCCCUGAGUGAGGUGAGCCCUCUGGUGGAGGAAAGCCAGACUGAGAGACUGACGCCCAUGCCUAUCAGAGACUACUUCAGCACCGAUGAGAGCAGAGUGGAGGAACCUGUGCCGCUCACUCUGCCCCUUAUGGACCCCCUCAGUGGAGAGGACGCCCCUGUGGCCCCCCUGGACCUUGAGGGAGAGGUGGGGGCUGCCAUGCGCCCCUCUCUCACCUCUGGAUACUCGAAACAGUUCCAGAAGUCUCUGCCCCCGCGCUUCCUCAGGCAGCAGGAGCAGAUGAAGCAGCAGUGGCAGCAGCAGCAACAGCAGCAGGGGGGUGGUGGUGGGGCUGUGUCCCCAUCGGGUGGAGGAUGUGUAGCUGCCUCCCAGCAGCAGCACCGCUCCCUGUACCAGCCCGUCGGCCCCCCUCACCACCAGCAUCAGCAGCACCUGGCUAACAUUGGCUUUGACCCCCGCUGGCUCAUGAUGCAGUCAUAUAUGGACCCCCGCAUUAUGUCUGGAAGACCACCGCUCGACAUGCCAAACAUGCACCCUGGACCUGGGCGGAUUCCUCCUAAGCAGAUAGUUCGUAGAGAGCCAGGGGACAGCUCCAGUUCUGACUCCUUCGACCACCUGACCAGGACCAUACGGGACCACAGUCUCCCUUCUGAACCGCGCAUAGUAUGGGGAUCUGACCCAUACCCCCAAUCUGAACCCCUUCCCUCUGUCACACCCCCUAAAGGACGGGAGGACGAGGACAGCAGACUGGACUCUGGGUUGGAGAUGGAAAGGGGUCUCCCAGCCAUGUACCCCAGCCAGGAUCACAAUCCCCUGGAACCCUGUGGCAAAUCAGACCUUUUCAGAGACCCCACAAAGCCCCUGUCAGGAUUCGGCCCAGGUCCAGAGGAGGCUCCAGAACCCCUGCAGACAGAAAUAGGGCCUGGUGGGACUCCCUUUGAGCCAGUGGAGCCUAGCCUGCCCACUGCAGAGGUGGAGUCUCUGGGACAGGCCAUGCUACAAAGAACCAUCUCACAGGGCUCCAGCCACUCCCUCAAACUGGAUGAGCCCAGGUUCGACAGCCUCCACCUGGGAACAAAGACACUUGAGCUCCAGGAUCCGGAAGAGAGGCCAGGCGGGGAAGAUAUAAAGGCCAGUAAAGAGCCUUUCUCGCAGGCUGCUGUGACCGGGGACACCCCUCCAGCUGACGGCCUCCACAAGCUCGAGAAGCCGGCCCCCAGCAAGCAGAAGGCUGAGCUGCGCUGGGGAGGGAGGUCUGGGGCCGGCCGGAGGGAUGGACCAGGGGGAGAGAGGCCUGUACGCAGGUCUGGACCCAUUAAGAAACCUGUACUCAGAGACAUGAAGGAAGAGCGAGAGCAGCGGGAGGAGAGAGAGCGACACCGUGAGAGAGGAGAAAAGGGGGAGAGACCCAAGAAGGAGGAGCGAGGAGGAGUGAAAGCUGCCUCCGCUGCUGCUGCGGUGUCUGAGGGCCCCAGGGACAGACCCCACGGAGAGAAGGAGAGGGACAGACCCCACGGAGAGAAGGAGAGGGACAGACCCCACGGAGAGAAGGAGAGGGACAGACCCCACGGAGGGAAGGAGAGGGACAGACCCCACGGAGAGAAGGAGAGGGACAGACCCCACGGAGAGAAGGAGAGGGACAGACCCCACGGAGAGAAGGAGAGGGACAGACCCCACAUGGAGAGGGACAGGGACAGACCCCACAUGGAGAGGGACAGACCCCACGGAGAGAAGGAGAGGGACAGACCCCACGGGGAGAGGGACAGGGACAGACCCCACGGGGAGAGGGACAGGGACAGACCCCACGGGGAGAGGGACAGGGACAGGCCCCACGGGGAGAGGGACAGGCCCCACGGGGAGAGGGACAGGCCCCACGGAGAGAGGGACAGGGACAGGCCCCACGGAGAGCGGGACAGGGACAGGCCCCACGGAGAGAGGGACAGGCCCUACGGAGACAGGGACAGACCCCACGGGGAGAGGGACAGAACCCAAGGGGAGAGGGAUGGGAAGAGUGAGACCCCUGAGACAGAGGGGCCUGGGAAGGGCCUCCAGAGAUCCAGAGAUAUACAUGCCCCGAUACCAGCCUCCCAGGACGACAAGACAGACCAACUACCAACCAAUGACAUAAACCCUGAACCUAAAUUACCCUCUACGAAGGAGCCCAACCUGCCCCCACGGACCUACCGCCGUGAGGAGAGGGAAAGAGACCGGGAGAGAGAGAUGGAAAGGGACAGAGAGCGAGACUGGCCGGCUGAUGGUUUUAGAGGCCGAGGCAGAGGGGAGUACUACUCUCGAGGACGGAGUUUCCGGGGAACUUAUAUUGGUCGAAGUAGAGGUGGCCGGGGUCGUAGUCGAUGGGAGUACCCUUAUCAGGAGCCGCGCUCGCGCUCAGACUUUCCUGCCGUCAGUGGCGCUGCUGCCUUCCGCUGCCGUGAAGAGAGCGAGACGCGCAGCGAGAGCUCAGACUUCGAAGUGAUGCCCAAACGCAGACGGCGUCGUGGUUCCGAUACCGACUCGGAGAGCGAAGGAGGACGGGAGUCAGCUAGCGACACUGGGGCUUCAGACCGUGAGCCCAGUGCCAAACCACCCCGACCGCUCCGCAGGGAAAUACCAGGAGAGCCCCGCUCCGGACCACACAAACCUGGCUUCGGACCCCAUCACCUGGGGGAGAAAGGAGGGCCCAGGGGAGGAGAUGAGGGAAGGCCCAAGCCAGGCUUCCUGCCCAGAGGAGAUCCUUCACGGCGUGGGAGAGGGGGACUGUACAGCAGGCGAGGGGGAGCCAGGGAGAGAGGAGGUCCUAGGUCAGCUCCUCUCAGACGCCCAGGAACUAGAGAGUCAUCCUCCCAGUGGCCCUCUAAACCCAUGGAGACCUUCCGCCCUGAGGACACAGAACCCUCGUCAUCACGCUAUGACAACUGGGACCACCACUCUGACCGACGGCCUGUUCGAGGGGACAGAGACCGACAGUUCGAGGGGAAGAAGUUUGGGGAGGGGGGACCCCAGAGUAGCAGAGACAGAGAGAGGCCCCGUCGCCCUCGGCCAGCCCGACCCCCCAGACAGGACAAACCCCCCCGCUUCCGGAAGCUGAAGGAGAGAGAGGCUGCAGUCUUAGCUGGAGGAGACACAGGACCUGGACCCACCUCCACUGCCCCAGUCCCAGCCUUAGUGCCUGGCCCUGUCUCCCUGUCCCCUACUCUCUCAAGAGCUCCAGGGGCCCCCUUCACCCUGCCUGUAGAUAAGGAUCCCAAAGCCGCUGACCUAACCUCUGACCCAGCCCUGCCUGACGCCACCCCUCCCACCACCUCUGCCGUGGGCACCAAGUCACCUGACCUGUCCACGCAGAACUCUUCUGACCAGGCCAACGAGGAGUGGGAGACGGCGUCAGAGAGUAGCGACUUUAACGAGCGUAGAGAACGGGAGGAGAGGAGGGGAGCGCGGGAGGCUGCUAGCGGCACUGCUCAGCCCUCGACACCAGCCCCCCUACCCCCUCAGGGCUCAGCACCCCCCAGCAGGACUCCCACCGAGGGAGGGGUGACACCCAAACGCGAGGCAGCCGGGCCCGCCGGGGGCAGGAGGAGUUUCUCCAGUCAGCGUCCGGUGGAGAGACAGAACCGCUGGGGGAACAGCGGACCCAAACCAGGCCGCGGCUACGCAGGGGGGAAGGGAGAGAGGCGAGGAGGGGGCAAGGCUGGACGCAGAGGAGCGGCCCCUAACCCAGACUCAGCCCCGGGUGGGGGAGGGGUGCGUACUGGGGGUAAAGACCCUGCUGGACGCAGGAAGGACGAGACCAAACAGAAACCCAAGGAGAAGGAGAACGCUCUGUUGCAGUUUGACCUAAACAACUAUGCCAGUGUGGUGAUCAUAGAUGACCAUCCAGAGGUGACAACCUUAGAGGACCCCCAGUCUAACACUACAGAUGACGGGUUCACUGAGGUGGUCUCACGCAAACAACAGAAACGACUACAGGACGAGGAGAGGAGGAAGAAAGAGGAGCAGACUACACAGCACUAUGGAAAGAAAGGAUCAGGGGAAAAGGGGAGAGGAGGAAGCAAGCUGCCACCAAGAUUCGCCAAAAAACAGCAGCAGCAUCAACAACAAGCAUCACAACAACCACAGCAAGCCUCACAGCCGCAGCCUCAACAGCCCUCACCUCCCCCUCAACAACCCCUCCUAUCUGCCUCACAGCUCCCCUCCCCCUCCCAGCCUGCUGCCUCUCCCCAGACUCUGGAAGGCUCUGUGGCCACCCUACCCCCCGCCCCUACCCCCACCACUGUGGACUUCACCUCCAAGACUCCCCUUCCCCCUGUGGCGCUGCUCACGCAGACCCACAGCACUCUCGGUACGGAACUCUGGGAGAACAAGGUGGCCGGAUCCACCAUACUCCCUGACGUCAAGAAACUUGGACCCAUCAGCCCUCCUCAGCCUCCUUCAGUCAGUGCCUGGAACAAACCUCUCACCUCCUUCACUGGGACUGUCACUCUUGAGGGUGUGAAGCCUGGCUCAGAAGGCAGUGUGGAUCUAGGGAUGGACAGUAUCCAGUUUGGAGCCCCGUCCUCAGCUGGCAGUACAGACAGCGAUGGUGUUCCAGCCAUGCUAGAGCCUGGACCUGACAACAAACUACCUGCUCCUAAAGAACAGAGACAGAAACAGCCCCGUGCUGGACCUAUCAAAACACAGAAGCUCCCUGACAUGGAGCCAGUAGAGCCUAAGGAGUACAAGCCUGGCCCUAUUGGUAAAGAACGCUCCCUGCGUAACCGCAAGGCUAAGGACGUCCGUGUGGGGGGGGAAGAAUGUCUUGAUGGGGGGAUAGUACCAGGUGGAGGGACCAACAGAGCAGUAGAUUCCAGCCCCCCCAACACAGACGCCUCUGUUCCUGAGCUAGGGGGCGAUAUCGAGGGGAUGAUCACCAUACCCUCGGCAGAGUACGCCAGCAGCUCCAAGGAGUCAGUGACCGACUACACCACCCCCUCUUCCUCUCUGGCGGACAGCGUUCCUACUGGAGGGAGUAAGAUGGAGGAGAGCCUGGUGGCCAACGUGGCCCUGCCUCACCCUCUCCCUCGUAGAGAGGCCUUACAGCAGAGCUCCAGCCUCAGUACUGUCUCUCCUGCUUCUGUUGACCUCACACUGAAGAUGGAGUCAGCCCGUAAAGCUUGGGAGAACUCCCCCAGCCUGGUAGAAAAGAGUUCUCCUGUCACCUCCUCUUCUCCUAUCACCUCCUCCUCCUACUCCUCCUUCUCCUCUGCCUCCAUGCCUCAGAUACCAGUAGCCUCCGUCACACCAAGCACUUCUCUGACAGGUGCUGGGACAUACACCACGUCCGCUCUGAGCACUAAGACCACCACGGCCUCUGACCCCCCCAACAUCUGCAAGGUGAAACCCCAGCAGCUGCAGACUGGAUCCAUGGGUGGGACCAGCUUCUCCCAGCUGGGCUGUGUGGCACCCCUGCUUCCCCAGCAGCAACAGACUCCACAGGUCUACGUCUCUCAGUCUGCAGCAGGCUCUGCAGCCCAGAUUCCAGCGUUCUACAUGGACACCAGUCACCUGUUCAGCAACCCACACUCCCGCCUGGCACCUCCCCCUCUGACACAGCACCAGCAGCAGGGCUACCAGCCUAGACUCUCACAGCAGCAGGCGGCAGUGCAGCAGAUUCCUAUCCCAAUCUAUGCUCCCCUACAGGGGCAGCACCAACACACACACACACACUCUCACCAGGCCCAGCUAAGCCUCAGCACCGGACCUCCCGUCUCCCAGCCACAGGACCUCUUCAGCUCCUCACUGCAGCCUUAUAGAUCACAGCAGGCCUUUAUGCAGAGCAGUCUGUCCCAGCCCAGUCCCAUGAUGUUAUCAGGGCCAUCUCUCCACAGCUACCCUGGUGUUGGGGGCCAUGACCUGGGUAAGCCCCAGUCCAGCUUGGCCUACCAGCAGCCCUCCAACACACACACACAGCACAUCCCCAUCCUGUUUGAACCACAGCUCAACCAGCCCUCUGGCAUGGGAGGAUCCCAGCUGAUAGAUACACACCUACUGCAGCGUCAGGGGAUGAGUCCACAUUCUAACCUGUACUCAGGACAGGUGCAACAACACGGACAGAGCAGUUACUAUAGUAACACACAGUCUCCAAGCUCUGCCAUGCAGCAGGUGCAAGUCCCUAUGCCAGGCUCUCAGCUCGGUCUUCCUAACUAUGGUUCCGUGGGCAGCCAGCCCCUCCUGGCUCUGCCCCCCACCCCUCCCCAGGCGCAGCCCCCUAGCCUCAGCCGCCAGCCCCCAGUCUCCCAGCCCUAUAGGGGACCCUUCGGACACACACACAGCGUGAUGCACCCCCCCUCCAGCAAGAUGUGUGAGAUGGACCUGAAACUGUUUAGCAGUGGGAUGGACAUGAAGCCUGGGACAACUCCUCACAGCGCUAGGAGCACUACGCCUACAUCUAGUCCUUACAGGGCCAGCUCUACAUCUCCCAGCAGCCAGUCCAGUAAGAUGAACAGCAUGCUGUAUCAGAAACAGUUCCAGCCCAGCUCUGCUGCCAUGAGGAUCACACAGCACUUCCCUGGACAGUUCAACCCACAGAUUCUGUCCCAGCCCAACCUGGUCUCUCCUCUGGUGCGCCCUCCCUCCCACACCCAGCAUGCUAACUCAUUUUGUGGAGGGAUGCAGCGUUCGCCUAUGGGCCCACCCCCCAUGUCUCCCUCUUUGGGAGGGGGUUUGAUGCCUCACCCCCGGCCACCACCGCAGCAGCAGCAGUUCCCCCAGAUGCACCCGUCCCACCCCCCUAGAGGGCCUCUUCCCCCCCUCGCACCUAGAGGCCCUACAGGUCCCCGAGGCAACCAGGCAGAGCAGGACCUCAAGGCGAAGCAGCGAGCCGAGGUGCUCCAAUCGACUCAUAAGUUCUUCUCAGAGCAGCUCAAGGCUCCGUCAGUCUCCAAACCCUCUCGUCUCGACCAGGGGGGUGGCAAACCGCCCCUCGACAUCCUGCCCCCCAACCACCAGACGGUGGGAGUCGUGGAGCGCCCUGAGCCCGACAAACCCUCCCUGUCAGCGUGCAAACCCAUCCGCACCGGCCCCAUCAAGCCCCAGGCCAUCAAACAAGAGGAGGGGAAGUAAAGCCUCACACAUCUCCACAGAUGGAUGGAUGGGAGAGGGAUGAUCCAGCUGCUCCACAUAUUCAUGCAAUCACUCGCUCACACAUCACCCUCUCUGGUGUUAGAGGCGGAGAAAGAGAGGAGAGGUGGGGGUGUAUUAGUCCAUGGUUACUGAGGGGGCUACUGUGUGUGUGCGCUCCAACCUCAUCUCUCUCUCCCCUUCUCCUCUCUUGUCCUCCACUAUUGGGGGUCUGUGUGUGAUUUUUUUUUUUAAAGCCCCGCCUCUUGUAAUUUGGGCGGGGCGGAAGACGGCAAGCUGUACUUGAAAUGUCUACUAGGAUGGUAAAAAAUGAUUAAAUGGAGAAAAAAGGUUUGCCAUUUUUAUAGCCCUAUGAUUUCUGUUCCUUUCUUUUUCACAAUAGAAUCCCGUUAUUAGGAGGACAGGGCUGUUCUUUUUGUUAACAGGAGAAUCAAGCAAUCUUGUUUUUGUAGUUGGAUGAAACAAUCUUAGUUAAAGAUGUAUUUUAGUGAAGCACAGACGUGUUCUAUUCCUCUGCCAGUCUUCCAUCUAUCAUUGCUAACACACAGCUGUGUGACUGUAUACAAGCUUGUAUGAUCACCACACACACAGCUGUGUGACUGUAUACAAGCUUGUACGAUCACCACACACAGCUGUGUGACUGUAUACAAGCUUGUACGAUCACCACACACACAAACGCUCAACGCUUUCACCAAUAUUCACUAAAGAGUGAAACUAUGAAAUGAUGGUUUGUCUCGAAAGGAAAUGUAAGAUGCAGCAGUUUAAUUGAUUAGUCUGCCUUUUCUCUUGCUUGCAUCUCUUUGAGCGGAAUGAUAAAGGUGGUGUGUGUGUGUUUGCGUGGGGCACAUGGGAGGCCACUGCCCGGUUUUCUCCUGUAUCUUUAGCCAAAGGUUAAGCGUGCAAAGAUGAUUUCACAGAGCCUUGAGAAUCCCUGUUGCUAUGGCAGCAGAGUGGAAGGGGAUUUAUUAUGGGCUGUCUGUAAAUGGACAGACAGACCCUGAAUUCAGUCUGGGAGCUUUCCUCCUCCCCCUUGAGAGAGGAGGAUAGAAUACCUCUUCACCACUGUUCACCCACUCACUUGCCUGUAGGGAAACCAACCCUGCUGCUACUAACAGAAAGGGAGAGUGAGUACGAGUUCAAAACUGUAGAAACAAAACAGUUCAGUGUGGCUUUCUGUUAACCCUCACCAAGAGGGAAAGGGAGACGGAAGGGGGAGAAAUAAAACAAAAUUAGAAAUAGCUUUGUGUUUGACUGCAGACUGCAGUUCUGCUGCAUUUCAGGGCAGAAGGACAGGUGUUAGUGUUGAGGAGAGAUUAUUCCUGUCUCAUCUCACUUCCACUCACUCAAACCUACACCACUCUCAUCGCAGGUUUACCAUGGUGACAAGGGUCCUUCAGAAAUGUACAGUAGUGUGCUCCACUAGUGGGGAGGGGUAUACCCCUAACCAGAACACAGGAUGAGGAACCUUGUGUAGGAGGACAGAGUGGGGGGUAAUUGGUUUGUUUUUUUCUUUUACUUGUACAGGGGGUACAUCGCUGUAUUAAAAUAUGUACGGUCUUACAUUCUUGGUUUUAGUUAAGAAACUAAUAAAAUAAUAUGCUGUUUAAAAAGUG